AUGAAAAGUUCAGAAUUAGGGUGUUUAGAAAGCGGCGAUCUUCGAAUUUCUGGUGAGCUUAUUUGUAAAAUAUGUCAGGAUUUGUAUAAUUCUGGCUGGGUAACUGGCACUGGAGGAGGAAUUACUAUCCGUUCGGGAGAUGCAAUUGUCAUUGCUCCAUCUGGCGUUCAAAAAGAAAGGAUGCAAUUAGAACAUCUAUUUGUUAUGUCAUUGAAAACUCGUGAAUACCUUCAUAAGCCUUUGCAAGCUCUCAAGCCUUCUCAAUGUACCCCUUUAUUUCUGGCAGCUUAUACCUGUCGCGAUGCUUAUGCAUGUAUUCAUACCCACUCUCAAGAAGCUAUCUUACUAUCUGAAGUAUUUCCUAAUUCAGAUUAUUUUUCAGCUUCCGGUUUUGAAGUACUUCGACAUAUUCCCCGUGGAAGCAAGAGAAAUGGGUUUUAUUCUGUGACAGACGCCGUUAAAAUUCCUUUUAUCAACAAUACGGCUCAUGAAAGCGAUCUUCACGACAGUUUAAAAGCAGCUAUCCUAGCUUAUCCAGAGGCAUGCGCCGUUAUUGUAAGGGAUCAUGGCAUUUAUUGCUGGGGUGACACUUGGCAAGAUACUAAAAUGAACACAGAGGCUGUGGAAUACUUAUUCCAAGCAUACUUGAGGAGCAGGAAAAUUGAAUAUUGA